AACGGGCCUCUCCACCGCUGCACCGUAAGCCGUGUUUUGCUGCACGUUGCUGCAAAGGAGCGGGCAGCGGCGUCGUGUGCUUGGCCUGAAGCUCGCGCGUCCUGUCGCUCAGUAUUAUGACAGUAGGAGCUGACACAUAUCCAGCCGGAGCCCUGUUUGUUUUGUAUGGCGAAAUGAGGCAGGGGGUGGAGAGUCGCCACAGAGACGCUGGGCUUCGGCCAAACAUCUCUGCUUUUUAGCGCUCCUCCAUCUCCAUCGGUGCUUGGCCUUUGCCUUGAAUUGCAUCUGCUGCAUCGCUCUACGGACGCCUUUUUGUAACGUGCAUCCCUGGAAAAUGCAGCUCGUUUGAGGACACCCCCCACUCCGCUGAUAUUCAUUGGUGCCAUGACAGGCAGAGGACUCGGGCCGCUUCGAGAAGAGCCACAUUGAUCUGGGACGGUGGAUGGUGUCCGUUGUGUGCGGGGGGAGCCUUUAAAUAUCAGCCGUGCAAUUCCACCGUGAUUCUCACUCAGGGAAACAAGGGAGAAUAGAAAACAACAUGUCUUCGCGAUCUGCAUUACCGUCUGGGAACGACAGGAGUACUGGAGACCAUCACGUGUCUCUGGGGGCCAGUCGCUCGGAUAAGUCCACGAGUCAGUCGAGCCGCUCACUGGGCGCCCGCUGCAGAAACUCCAUCGCCUCGUGCUCCGACGAGCAGCCGCACAUCGGCAACUACCGCCUGCUCAAGACCAUCGGCAAGGGCAACUUCGCCAAGGUCAAGCUGGCCCGCCACAUCCUGACGGGCAGAGAGGUUGCAAUAAAAAUCAUUGACAAAACUCAGUUGAAUCCAACCAGCUUACAAAAGCUCUUUCGGGAAGUCCGAAUAAUGAAAGGCUUAAAUCACCCAAACAUAGUGCAGUUGUUUGAGGUGAUCGAGACGGAUAAGACCCUUUACCUUGUCAUGGAGUACGCUAGUGGAGGUGAAGUGUUUGACUACCUCGUGUCUCAUGGGAGAAUGAAGGAAGUUGAAGCCCGAGCAAAAUUUCGUCAGAUUGUUUCUGCCGUCCACUACUGCCACACUAAGAACAUUGUGCACAGAGACCUGAAGGCGGAAAACCUUCUGCUGGACGCCGACUCCAACAUAAAGAUCGCAGACUUUGGCUUUAGUAACGAGUUCACGCUGGGCAAUAAACUGGACACGUUCUGUGGCUCUCCCCCGUAUGCCGCUCCGGAGCUUUUCCAGGGAAAGAAGUACGACGGUCCGGAGGUGGACGUGUGGAGCCUGGGGGUCAUCCUGUACACUCUGGUCAGCGGGUCUCUGCCUUUCGAUGGACAGAAUCUGAAGGAGCUGAGGGAGCGUGUGCUGAGGGGGAAGUACCGCGUGCCCUUCUACAUGUCCACAGACUGUGAGGGGAUCCUGCGCAGGUUUCUGGUGCUCAACCCAACCAAACGCUGCACACUGGAGCAAGUCAUGAAAGACAAGUGGAUAAACUGUGGAUAUGAGGGCGAGGAGCUUAAGCCACAUAUAGAGCCUGUGGAGGACUACAGUGACCCAGCACGCAUCGAGGUGAUGGUUGGAAUGGGCUUCACUCCAGAGGAAAUCAAGGACUCUCUUCUAAAUAAGAAAUACAAUGAGGUGACCGCCACCUACCUACUGUUGGGGCGAAAAGGCGAGGAUGGUGAGGCCCGCAGUGCCAGUAGCUUGUCUCUGGCGCGGGUACGACCCAGCCCCAUCACCAACGGAACCAACAAGCACUCGUCUGCCACAGGCUCGUCCUCCUCCUCCACCUCCUCCUCCCACAGCAAGACUCAGCGCAGUGCCUCCACCUACCACAGGCAACGGCGGCACAGUGACUUCUGCGGGCCGUCCAUGCCGGUCAUGCACCCAAAGAGGAGCCCGACCAGCACGGGUGAGCGGGAGCUGAGGGAGGGGCGUAUGCCCUCACGUAAGGCCAGCUGCAGCGUCAUGGGCAGCCACAGCCUCCCCCCCUCCAGUCCCAUGGUUAGCAGUGCCAACAACCCCAACAAGUCGGAGAUCCCCGACCGCCGCAAAGACAUGACUGCCACAACGAAUAACAUCCCAGGAAGCGCUAUGACACGCAGAAAUACGUAUGUGUGCACAGAUCGCUCAGGUGCUGACCGCCACUCUCUUCUGCAGAAUGGAAAAGACAACAGCUCCUUGGGCCACCGUAUGACUCAGGCGUCUCCCUCCACGCUGAGCAUCUCUGGAGCAGGAGCGGCGUCGUCCUCUUCGUCGGAGCGCUGCCGUUUGACCAGGGGCUCCACUAUUCGCUCCACUUUUCAUGGGGGUCAGCUGAGGGACCGCGGUGCCCCUGUGUACUCAGCUCCGCCCACAUCUCCCACUCUGUCCCACCAUGAGCCCAGCCCCCUGCCGCAUGCACGCACCAGGGCCACAUCCAACCUCUUCACCAAACUGACCUCCAAACUCACACGCAGGGUCACAAAUGAAUCUGAGGGAAUCAGGAGAUUUGCGGUCACAAGUUGCCAUCUACCUGGGUAUCAAAAAGCGGCCGAGCCCAGGGCCGUCGGACGUGGCUGGGAUCUGAGAGGAGGCGGGCGGCGGGACCCUGCGGAGGUGGUACUGGCUCUGCGGGAGGCAGCUGUGGGCUGUGGCUGCCAGGUCCACCAUGCCGGCCCCUUUCUGCUCUCAUGCACCCACGGUGUGGCGGGCGGCCGCGUGGCCUUUGAGGCUGAGGUGUGCCAUCUUUCCACGAGCGGCUCAGAGACUUCUAAUGGGGUGCGCUACACUCGACUUUGGGGGGCACCGUUAGCUUUUCGGGACAUUGCCACUCAAAUCUCCAAGGACCUUGAACUCUGAGCGUGCAUUAGUAUGUGAGAGUGUGUGUUUUGUGUGAGCAGGUGCUUGUGUGUACUUGUGUGUGUGCUAAAGAGGGCUGGGCGGUAGCAACUACUGAAGAAAAAUAUCCGAGAAGGGGCGAGGGGCUGGACCCAGGACAAAGACUUCUCCUUCUGUCUCUUUCAUGCUGAUGUCCCAUCCCCCGUAUGCGCGCGCACACACACACACACACACACACCUGACUGUGUAUUCUCAGACUGAGGCUACCCCUCCAUCUCAGCCCCUCCAGCGAUGUACCACUGGACCUGCAUCAGAGGGAAUUUAGUUUGAAUAUUUUUUAUUGCUACUCUAGCCAUAAUGACUCUUUAUUUUGUUAUUUAUUGACCUGAUCAUAGUUUUACAUGAGUGUCACUUUCACCAGAGGAAUAUCAUCUCGUAUACUGGAUGCCACUGACCAGCCAGUCUCCCUUUUUAACUAAUUUUAUGUCACUUUUCCAUAAUACCCCCACAUUCCUGUUGACAAAUAUUAAGUGAUUAUCUCCUGACUUCUAUUGUAUUGGGACAACAUUGUGAAAUCGUAGUCUCAUAAGCAACAAUAGAGGCUUAUGAUGGUUGCAUUAAAUUAGGUUCAGUGGGAGCAGGGUUGACAGACCAACUGGAAAACACCACCAGACCUGACUUAUUAAAAAGCCAAUGAAAAGCAGAUGUGGAAUUUAACUAGCCAAGAAAUGUAUUAUGCACUAAAUAAUAUAGUUUACGCUAACUUCAAACUUUGCAACCUGCUAGCAUGUUUGCUGGGGAGCUUUGUAUCUGGUGUUAUGUUGCUAAUAUAAAUAUGAAAGCCAUUGGUACAUUUCAACGACUCUAUUGGUUUUAAUACUGUUAAUUUAUAAAGUGCUAGUUAAUAAAAUAUUCUAGCAGCACACAAAAUGGCUUCUGUGACAAUUUCACUGCUACCCUCUUGGCUUAAAGAAGUCUGUCAACACUGUCGUCACUUUAAAAAUCAAGUGUGGGAGAUCCCAGUUUUUCAGUUAGUUGUGACUAUUGUAAUAAUGGACAUACUCAUGUACAAUGCAAUUAAUUUCUUUCUAUUGGGUGCCAUGUGAUCUCCCCUCAGGCCUCUUCUCAGUUCAUUGAUGGCAAGCACCAAAAGCGGAUAAGCCAAGUUGCAACACCUCUCAGAUGACACACUCCUGUUUCAACACUAGCGCACAGUUUCUUGUUCCUCUCGUGGCCCUGUCCCAUAUACCGCUCCGUCUAUUAUUGAUGACUGUGGGCUGUAGGAUUGUGGGGAGUGGCCUGGCAUAGUAUGGACGUGGUUUCUUUACUUGUUUGUCCAGUUGCCUUUAAAGUGAACUACCCCCAGCGCCUUAAAAAGAGGCCGAAAAAAAGUGAGAAAGUCUACAACUGUCCCUCCCUAUUUUUAGUGAAUAAUGUACUGUGAUAUUUACGUAGGCUACAGAGGUCAUGUUGUUUGGCUGCUGAGUUACUGUUAAUACUAUCUCUUAGUUGUGGCUUUGCUCCUUGUCAUACACUGUCCCGACAUUUGCCAGGGAGCUUUGGUGUCCAUCACGUUGUAGGCCUAUGUAUCACUGACUUUUUCUAUUGUCACAACUAUGAGCACUGGAGUUUGUUUCCUUUGCUCUUCGAGGCCGUGCUUUUGUUUGGCAGGGAAAAUCAUUCAUCCAUCUCUCACAUACGUUGUACGACCAUCUGUGGCAUCUCAACUGGCACAGCUGGUAUUUGUCGUUUUUUUGGCCCCAUCAAGAAAAUAUGGGCAGAAAAGUGUCUGUCCAUGUCCUCUCCUUGGACGUUUUUCAUUGUGGUGUAUAUUAGCAUUAGGUAAUAUAGACCUCAAUGCACUUUGCUUUGACUUGAAUCAGCUCCUUCCAGUGUACCUGUAUAGGUAAUACCGAGAACUAGCCACUGGAGGGCGCCAAUGUCUUAAAUGUGAAACACUACAAUUUGUGGAUAUUUGCACAGGUACUUUAUUUAUUUUUUAGAAUAAUAUCAUUAAAACAGGAUUUAUAUCAGUCAGUUGAUGGCUGUAUAUAAAAUAUAUGAAUAUAGUAUAUAUAUUAGAGCUCAAGGUUUAUUUAUAGCUAGAGCAAGGGAAGUACUUCUAGUUUAAAGCAGUCUCUGUCAGUGACAACGGGCAACAAAUCAACCUGCAAUCCUGCAUGACUUCAGAGUUUGAGGUUUUAAAAAAGACGCACAUCUAGGAUUGGAAGCUUUGUGAAUUGCACAAAACGUUUAGAGACAUGAAUUAUUACUGUCAAACUGGUGCAGGUUUGAGCGCCACACCCUUCUCUUAUUCAAUAACUAAACAAAAAUGAGGGCUGGAUUCAAGUUGGUAAACGUACUUCAUCUCAAUUGUAAGUGGAAAGAUUGUUUGUUCAUUAUAUGGGUUUUAAAGUAUUGAGGGACAGUAUGUCAUAAAUACACUUGAAUUUAAAUAUCUCUCUAAAUGUCUCAAGAGAACCGCAGAUUCUGGGUUCCAGUUAAGCCAUAAAAAUAUUACUGGGCUGUCUCCUGUUCAUCAACUGAGUGAAAAGCAUUGAAGUCUGUCACAAGGUACUUAAACUAGUAGAACAAUCUAUUCUUAGUACAAUAUGGAAGAAUAUGUCAAAUCUACUGUGAACUAUUGUGGAUAUGAGUUGCAAUGAUGGAUGGCUUGAUGUAUAGCUGCUUGGGAGACAGAGUGUUACUGGUCUGGCUGCUUUCGGGUACAGUAUUAUGACCCAGUGGGCUCAGUAUUUAACAUGCAUUGUCAUUUUGAAUCUGUUUUUGAAAGAGGUUUAUGUUAUAUGCAAAAAGACUGAAGAACACUGACAGUUUGACCUGUAUGAGUAAUUUUACACUGUUGUACUGUUCAAUUCCUCCCCUCAAAAACAAACUUUAAACCGAUAUUGAGUGGUUGUGGUAAAUGCGGGAAGUGUGGAGCUGAAGUUGAAUAAAACUCACUGAUGUUGGCA